AGUCGAGUAGUGGGAGUAUUAUAUGUCAUUCGGUAGAUAAGUUUUCCAAAUAAUGGUUUUUUAACUUGUAAUAUGUUAUAAUUCUCAUUAAAAAUGAGUGAAUUGUUCAAGUCGGCUUUUGAAUAUUUUAGUGGUCCUGCAAAUGGACAGAGCGACAAUGAAUUUGUUGGCCAAAUUGUAGAAAUUUCGAACGUUAAAUUAAAAAUUAAAAAAGUUUUAGCUGAAGGUGGCUUCGCCGUAGUUUUUGUUGCACAAGAUGUAGCCACUGGAAAAGAUUAUGCUUUGAAGAGGCUCUUAGCAGCAGAUGAAGAGGCUAAAAACAACAUCAUUAGAGAAAUCAACAUACUCAAGAGAAUUUCUGGGCAUCCGAACAUUAUCCAGUAUUUAUCAGCUUCCUUUAUAGAUAAAUCUCAAACUCAACAUGGUCAAUCAGAAUUUUUAUUAGUUACCGAACUCUGUCCAGGAGGAUCUUUAGUUGAUAUUUUGGAAGCACGUUCAAAUGCAUUUGAUGCGGAAACCGUCACAAGAAUUUUCUACCAAACUUGUAAGGCAGUUGCUCACUUGCACUCUCAAGUACCCCCCGUAGUGCACCGAGAUUUGAAGAUAGAGAAUCUGUUGAUCAGCAGUGAAAAUACAAUAAAGUUGUGUGACUUUGGAUCCGCCACUACGGAGAUAUUUCGGCCUGAUUUAACGUGGUCCGCCAAUCAACAUAACUGCCUCGAGGAAAACAUUGCCAAGUUUACGACGCCAAUGUAUAAGGCCCCAGAAAUGGUCGAUACUUGGAAUAACUACUAUGUGGGGACUCCUGUGGAUAUUUGGGCUCUGGGUUGUAUCUUGUACAUUCUCUGCUAUAUGAAACAUCCGUUUGAAGACAGCGCCAAGCUGAGAAUAUUGAAUGCCAACUACACUAUUCCACCAGACCCCCGAUAUUCAUGUUUUCACGAUAUAAUCAGAGGGUGCUUUCAAGCUAAUCCCGAUCAGAGAUUGACAAUAUCUGGAGUGCUAGAAAGGAUCGCAGCUGUGGCUGAAUCGAAUGGCUACAAUCUUAGAUCCCCUCUGAUUUUGUCUACCCCGCAACAAAAAAUCGGUGAGACCGAAUCGAAUCUCUUGGAUGGCAACUACAACAAUGAGGUGAAAGCGCCACCACCAAGGCCUGCACCACCAACAAAUGAGCUUCCUCGGCCUUCUCAAGUGAAUCAGCCACCACAGAGACCGGCUCCACCACCUCAAAGACCUCCGGUCGUACCAACCCAACAGAGACCCCCGGAUAACAAACAAUCUGGCCUGUUUUCCUCACUCAGAGGUGGCGCCGGAAGUUUUCUAAAGAACCUCAAAGACACUAGCACCAAAGUCAUGGCUUCGAUGCAACAGAGUAUGGCCCGCACGGACUUGGACAUAAACUACAUCACUUCCAGGAUAAUAGUUAUGCCGUAUCCUUCCGAAGGAUUCGAGUCGACCUACAAAACGAACCACAUAGAGGACGUAAGACUGUUUUUGGAUUCCAGGCAUCCGAACUUCAAAUAUUCUGUGUACAACCUGUCACACAAACCGUAUCAUUCAAAGUUCGGGCAAGCCAGGAUCGUAGAUUGUUCUUUUGCGUAUCCGGAGCACUUCAAAGCGCCCCUGCUGAAUUCGCUGUAUCAGCUGUGCGAGGAUAUUUAUCAAAACUUGGCAGGAGACAGCAGGAAUGCUGUGGUCAUACAUUGCACGGAUGGCAAAGCGACAUCUGCAACCCUAGUGUGCGGUCUGCUGAUUUAUGCAGGCCUUUUUGAAGUUCCUGAGGACGCUCUUCAAAUGUUUGCUGUUAAAAGAUGCCCUCCCAACAUGAGGCCCUCAGAGCUUAGGUACCUCUAUUAUUUAGCAGACAUUGUUAGAAAUCCGCCUCUCUACCCACAUUAUCAGCCCGUAACGCUGGUUUCUUUGCAAAUGCAGCCUGUGCCAUUAUUCACCAAAAUUCGAGAUGGUUGUCGGCCUUAUGUGGAAGUUUUUAUUGAGAAUCGGUGCAUCCUCUCCACUAUACAAGACUAUGAAAGAAUGAGACUGUUCAACAUUGCCGAGGGAAAGUGUUUGCUCCCGAUGAAUGCCACUGUGUGUGGCGAUGUCUGCAUUGUAGUCUACCAUGCGAGAAAUGUACUUGGAGGAGUUAUGACUCAAGGCAAAGCUACUGGCAUCAAAAUAUGUCAGAUUCAGUUCCAUACUGGAUACAUUCCAGAAGAAGAAACUUGUCUAAGGUUCAUUAAAUCUGAGUUAGACGAGUUGGCGGAAGGUAAUGAUCAUUACCAGGAAAAGUUUACCGUUUCCGUGAAUGUUUUCGUAAUGGAUGUGGAACGAAAACCUUCCCAACCGGCUCCUUGGCAAACCGAUCAAACUAAUCGUGUUGUAGACACGAUGUUUACUUCCCAGCUUGAGAAGGAUGAAACUGUAGAUAAUUUUGUCAGCAGACCUUCGAAAAACCUUCCUAGUCAACAACAGAAGCCUCCAGAGAGACCAAGCCGUCCAAGUAGGCCAGCUCCACCUGUUCAUUUGGCUAUGGAAGCAAAAGAAUCUGACAGUGGAUCUGAUACGGAGCAAAUUCUUCCAGACGUAAUAGAGCCUCCCAAAGAAGCCUUCGAUCUCCUCAAUCUCAAUUCGUUACCACCGACGGAACGUGAAGUCCCCAAAGUAUCCCCCGGAUCGAAUUUCGAUCUUCUCAGCGGCCUCGGAGCAGACUCCAACGGGGACGAUUUCGACGCUUUCUCUUCCGCCCCGCCCCAACAGCAAAAGCCCCAGCCUCAGGAUAUGUUCGACCCGUUCGGUUCUCUGGGGGGAGGCGACGGAAAUAAUGUCUUGGGUGGGUGGAGCAAUUUCAGUGCUGCGCCUGCGCAGAAUAACGCUCAAGAACAGAAGAAGCCGGAGGAUCCAUUUGCAGGAUUUGGUAACUUAGGCGGGGGACUCAACUUCGGGCCGAAACCGUCGCACACCCCCGCGUCCACCACUCCGAAAAGUGGCGGACAGACGCCCAACAGAGGACCUCCGACCACUCCCCAACACUUGGGCGGCUCGAACGCAGCAACUCCCAAACAUCAGGCCAAGUCCCCUGUCACUAAUCCAGACUACAGCCGAUCGCACUUCGAACCGCCAGCGAACAAGAACCAGAGCCAGCAGAACGACUCGGCGAAAACUAUACCGAAAAGCGACGAUGUUUUUGGGGACCUGCUCGGCUCGCAGGGAUAUACUUUCACUGGUAAGAAGGACAACACGCCAAGGACCAUUAACGCCAUGAGGAAGGACGAGAUGGCUACUUAUAUGGACCCGGAGAAGAUGAAAGUUAUGGAGUGGACGGAAGGGAAGAAGAGCAAUAUUCGUGCUCUACUUUGUUCAAUGCAUACUAUUUUGUGGGAUGGAGCAAAGUGGAAUAAAUGUGAGAUGCAUCAACUCGUUUCCGCUUCCGACGUUAAAAAAGCUUACAGGAGAGCUUGCUUGGCUGUUCACCCUGACAAACAAGCUGGCACAGACAAUGAGAGUUUAGCAAAGCUGAUAUUCAUGGAAUUGAACAACGCUUGGAGCGAUUUUGAAAACGACUCUACGCAGCAGAACAUGUUUUCAUUUUCUAGUUAACUUCCCCAACGAUUCUUGUGCAAUUUGUGAUCAUUCCGUUAUUUUAUAAUUUACUCAUUAAAAUGUAUGUUCUAUUUAUUGUAGGCUUAGAUACUUUAAGCAAAUUGAGUAUUUUCACAGUAUCUUUUUUUGAGGGGUAAACCGAAAAAUUUGUUAUCGAAAGCAAUUUAAAUUCAGGCAAAAUACCAUCGGCCAUGUCGAUGUGGAAUUGUUAAAAUUAGAAGAGUUUUGAUAUCUGUUUUGUUAUGUAGGUUUUUAUGUUUAUAAUAUAUAUUCUAUUUUUAUAAUGUGACUGUGUUCAUAUGUUUUAGGUAUUUGAAAUUGUAUUUAUUUCUAGCUAAUUUUCCUCUAGAAACUAAAAUCCGAGAAUCUUGCAAUGUUUAGAAUAAACCUUUAUGUCUCC